GCUGCAACUCGAUCAAAUGGCCCACAUCGCAACCUCACUGGGAGUGCCGUCCAGCUACCGCGACCAGAAAUACCUCGGCACUGCCGAUGAUCUGGCCCGGGAGUUGGCCGAGUCCGCGACGCUCUAUGUUGGCAACCUGUCGUUCUACACCACCGAGGAGCAGAUCCACGAGCUCUUUUCCAAGGCCGGAGAAAUCAAGCGCAUCAUCAUGGGGCUUGACCGCAAUCUGAAAACACCGUGUGGCUUCUGCUUCGUGGAAUACUACCAUCGCGGCGAUGCGCUGGAUUGUAUGAAGUUUAUCAACGGAACCAAGCUCGACGAGCGAAUCGUUCGAACAGACAUUGAUCCAGGAUUCCGAGACGGACGGCAGUAUGGACGAGGCAAGAGCGGUGGUCAGGUCCGUGACGAAUACCGCGAGGAAUACGAUGAAGGGCGAGGCGGAUGGGGUCAUGCCCGCCAGCGCGAAGAGCAGCAGCGAAGCACAUACGAGUCCUUCAGUACGGUGCCGACAGGCGCUCAAUCCGACUUUUAUGCCAAGCCAUCUGCUCCAAGCAUCGGCGCCGGCUUUGGCGGUGACUUCAAGUCCAAGAGAGGUCGUGACGACAACGAAGAGGCCGACAUCGACAUCAGCGCCAAGAAUCCCCGAUUCCGCGAGCGAAGCGCCUCACCCGAGGACGAGUAAGGGGACGGGCCCGGGGAUGUAUCUGUCGGACGCCAAACCGAUGGGGUGGCAGCAUCCGCGCGUUGUCCGCAUGGGUUGGACGGAGCAAGUGCUCUGUCCGAGGCAGCAAAUACAGCAUGUCCCGAAGGA